GAGGCGGUGGCCCAGGACAGCCUGAUGGCCGCCCUGAAGCCCGCCCUGCAGCACCUGGUCAAGGUGCUUGCUGAGUCUAAUCCAGGCCGGUACGGCUUCCUCUGGCACUGGUUCGAUGAGAUCUACGUCCUUCUGGAUUUGCUGCUCCAGCAGCACUAUCUGUCCAGGUGCAGCGCCUCCUUUUCUGAAAACUUCUAUAGCUUAAAGAGGAUACCGACAGGAGAGCGCAGACAGCAACCUCUGGCCACUGCUGGCCUGCCAAAGAGGCAGCACUGGAAGUCUCUCCUCUUGCUGGUUCUUGUUCCUUACCUGAAAGGAAAGCUAGAGAAACUGGUGUCCAGCCUGAGGGAAGAGGACGAGUACUCCAUCCACCCUCCAUCAUCAUCCUGGAAGCGCUUUUACAGAGCCUUUCUAGCUGCCUACCCCUUUGUAAACAUGACCUGGGAGGGCUGGUUUCUUAUCCAGCAACUGUGCUAUAUCCUCGGUAAAGCUCAGCAUCAUUCACCCAUGCUGCGGUUGGCUGGUGUUCGCCUGGUCAGACUGACUGCAGAGGAUAUCCAGGCCCUGGAGAAGAAAUUGGCUGGAGCCACCUCAAGUCAAACACACAGCAUUAAAACAAAAGUGCAGUCAGCAGUGAGGAAAGCAUUGGGUGGCAUUGCCUUCUCCCUGUCCACCGGGCUGUCCAUCAGUGUGUUCUUCCUCCAGUUCCUGGACUGGUGGUACUCCUCAGAAAACCAAGAGACGAUCAAAUCUCUGACAGCGCUCCCAACUCCUCCACCCCCUGUGCACCUCGACCACGGGGCCGGCACAGCUCUCUUACCCAAACUGAAGACCGUGUGCCCUCUGUGCCGCAAAAUUCGCGUCAAUGCCACAGCCCUGUCCACCUCUGGCUUUGUGUUUUGCUACCGCUGUGUGUACAAUUAUGUGAAGACUCACCAGCGCUGCCCGAUCACAGGCUAUGCCACAGAGCUGCAGCACCUUGUCAAACUGUAUUCUCCUGAGAGCUGAAAGGCCUGCCCCGUGCUUUCGGAGAGAUACCUCUUUGAGGCUGGUGGCUGCGUAGC